UAAAUCAAAAAUAUCCCAGAAAAUGGGAUACUGUAUGCUGGAUGACUUGUUAGCCACUUCUAGGACAUGUUUAACUAAAAUGCUGCUGUUUACUUCAGUUCCUGGGUCAGGGUCAUUCUUCUGAAUUUAGCAUUUUAUCAUAAAGCUGUAUGGACGCAUGCCACUUUAAAUUAGACAGUACAAGGCUUCAGCAACUGUUUUGCCCUCCAAUGGGUGUAGCCCGGGGGCCAGUUGGAAGUAGCAUUAGCUGCCAGCAGUGCUCUAAGAGGGACAGUACUCACCUGUAAGCAGUACCGGCACGUCUACCUGUUACUCUUUGGCCUGCUGGGACUUUUUCUUGCGCAUCAGUACUUCUCCCAAGCUGCCGGUACUCCUUUUGACCCUCUCCAUAUCAGGUGCUCUUAGUGAUUCACAGCGGUGCAGCACCAGUGUUUUCCAUUCUGUAUCUGGUCUUUUGAUUUACAGAAUAUGAUUUUCAAACAUUUUCAGAAGAAUGCUCCGACAAAGGCUGUGAUAUUUGUAAAUAAUAAAGUCAAUCAAAUGAUGUCAAAUUGCAGUUUUGAGGUCAAAAACCUCCACAUUUUCUUUAGGGAGGACCCCCAAACCCAAUAUCCCCAACAUCCUUUAUUCACUGUAGGAUUUCAGAAUGUGUCACUUUAUUCUGCUGCAUAAUAUGUACAAGCAUCCUGACUGGGACACUUGUCACUACAAAUGACAAGUGACUGAAAGGCUUUCAGAGACUUGAACCUCCCAGACUGGUAGCCUCGGCAUGGCGUGUCUUGUAUGUUGCGUGGGCUUCGAUUUCAACCUAUUGAAAUGUGAUUCAAGACCAGUGAACAAACUGGACAUGAAAAUGAAAAUGAUAUAAAAGUGAGUUGACAAUUGAUUUACAGCAAAAGAUACAAAAAAAGACUGCUGUGCAAAUAUUAUUCCGACAGGUAUCACCCUCUCAGCCCAUCUGAUGGAAGCGCAGCCUCAUUAUACACCCAGCCAGCCCGUCCCCUCAUCCGUCCCAUCCUCUGUUCUCUUUAAUUUCUUUUGAGGGAAGUGAGGGAGGGAACAAUAUCAGUAUUAUGCCAUGUACCCGUCUUUCCAGGUGAAUUGGGGAAUGAAUUUCUCCAGCGGGCUCAUAAAUCCCCGCUCUACCUGCUUGAGCAGCGUUGGAAUGCGCGGCGGUUUGCCGGCCCGGCUCUCUUGGCCGAGACUAUAGAUCUGGAUUGACAGCUGCUCCGUCCUGUCUGCCGCUGUUAAUCAUUGAAGGAUUUGGGCUGCCGGCAAGCAGCUCUGCCAAGCGACCUUGAGCCCUGCCGGGGCCGAAGGACUCCGACUAAAAGCCUGUUCCCCUGUUGCAGCAAGCAAGAGGCACUUCAGCCAGGUGGCCCAUUUGCCCCAUAAGAGAGAUUGAUGGGUAUCUAAAUGUGCCACAUUGUUGGAGUGCAUCCCCUUUAAAAGUCGGCAUUGCUUUGAAUAUGCAUAUCACUUGUGUGCCUGGUGGGGAUAAUUUGGCCAGUUAUGUAACCAUCAUUCACUGAGCACUCCUUUUGCAUGAGCACAUUUAAAACAAUAUAUGUCUUUCGCCUACUAUUCUAAAGGCAUAGGGUGAAAAACACAUGCUCUGUUUGCACUGUCUCACACGUUACUGAUGACUGAGACAGCGCAGGGAAGAGAAAGGCAGACAUUGAGUAGGAACAUAACGAGACAGUCGUCAGUGUUACUGAUGGCGUCGUUCUGCAAGAGAAAAAAAUGAAAAGUGGCUCUUGAUGUGAUGUGAGUUUUAUAGUUUAUCCACGGCGACACUAGAUGAGGACGCGGGAGAAUCUGGAGACUGGUGGUAAACGUGCAGGAGUAGGGAAAAAAUAUUGCAUGCAAGAGAGGAACGGCACUGAGAUAGUGGAGUCUGCUUGGUGCCAUGUUAAUACAACAAAAACAAAAAAAGCCUCUCACUAUCUGUUUCUCUGUUGCUCUCCUCUGUCUCUCGCCCAUCCUCUCCCAUAACUCUCCCAUCUGUUUCGGGUAAACGCUCAGUCAACUGGAGAAGUCCAGGAUCCACACUCCAGUGCCGUAUUUUUGCUCCAGCCGUGCUGUUGGAACCAGCAGCAGCAAAUGCCUGUUUUGCCUGCCUCUCCUCUCCUCUCCCUCUCUCACUGCGUGCUCCUCUGCUCUGCUGCAGUGGAUGGUCCUCGCCGUGCGCUCGCAGCUCGUCUCAGUGGAGGAGACCCGAGCAUCUCGCUGUCAUUUCUCCCGAACCCUCCUUUCGUCUCCAGCCUUCGUUCCUUCGUCAGAGGGCCUGGAUACAUGUGAGGGGGGGGGGGGGAAAGUCACAGGACAAGACGAGAGAGAAGGGAAGAGAGAAGGGAAGUGUUUAAUCCAACAAUCUCUCGCACACAUGACUCUGUUAUGUUCUGCCGUCUCCGGGUGACAGAGAAGCUUGUGCUCUUAGACACCUCCUGCUUUUAGACUCUGUGCCAGAAUCACAGUGCACACUGUGUGGUGAACCAGAAGUUGCCGUCUGUGUCGCUCACUUCAAACACCAGGUGCCAGCUGCCUUGAAUCCGAUCCAGUCUGGCUGUUCUCAAAGCCUAGAUCCAGGUUUUCCGCAUCACCUUUCAUCCCAUUACUGCUGCUUGUGUUGGAUCUGAGGACCAGCAGUAUUCAUGGUCGCCCACGCAGUACUUCGAUGAGGACAGCUACUCCUCUCCACCCAGGAACAUGAAGGGUCUCUCUGGCGGCCGCCCUGCCCAGCUCCACAUCACCUCUCCCACCUCAGCCCACACCUGCGGCCUGGUUGAAUGCGACCAUUCCCUGGACCAUCACCUCCACCAUGGCAACUCACGGCCCCCCUCCUACCUCCUCAGCCCCACAGAGAGCUGCCCCCUCGAGAGUCACCAUCGCUGCUCCCCGCGGAGCUCCAUCCACUCUGAGUGCAUGGUGGUACCGGUGUCCAUGUCAGCCACCGACCACUCCAUCUCUAGUAGCACUUUCCCCCGCAUGCACUAUGGCAGCGCAGCGCGGGAAAGCGGCGGCAACAAUUCCGGCGGCAGGGACUCCCGAGACGACGGUGGCUCCUCCUCGCAUGGCGGCAGCGGCAAAAUGAACCGAAUCCCAGCGAACCUCCUGGACCAAUUUGAGAAGCAGAUGCCCCUGCACCGGGAUGGCUUCCACACGCUGCAAUACCAACGCACCUCCACCACGACCACGACUACAGAGCAGCGCAACGAAAGCCCUGGGCGGAUACGCCACUUGGUCCACUCGGUACAGAAGCUCUUCACAAAGUCGCACUCUCUAGAAGGUUCCUCCAAAAUGAACGGAACCAAAGGCGACUCGCAACGGGACAACUCGCACCACCACCAUCACCACCACCAAGGCCACCACAAACACAGCAAACGCAGCAAGAGCAAAGAACGUAAGUCUGACGGCAGCGGCAAGCAACGCUCGGGAGGCUGGUGGAGUUCGGACGACAACCUGGAUAGUGACAGCACAUACAGAACGCCCAGCGUCAUGUCACGGCAUCCUGUGGACCAUAUAGGCCACUGCUACCCUGACUCGAUGCACGGCCACCUGGCUGGAGAACUGUCGCUGAAGACCUCCAAGAGUAACAACGAUGUCAAGUGCUCAGCCUGCGAGAGCAUAAGCAUGGCGCCAGAGGGAAAGUUUAUGAAGAGGAGCUCUUGGUCAACGCUAACGGUCAGCCAAGCCAAGGAGGCCUACAGGAAGUCCUCGCUCAACCUGGAGAAGCCCAUGACACCCACCGACCUCAGGCCCAACCCCAGGCCCUGCCACUAUCUACAGGUGCCCCAGGAUGACUGGGGAGGUUACCCUGGCGGUGGGAAGGAAGACGAGAUCCCUUGUCGUCGGAUGCGGAGCAGCAGCUACGUUAAAGCCAUGGGGGACGAGGAGAGCGGAGAGUCGGACUCCAGCCCCAAAACAUCGCCUCAGAAGUUGGUGCGACCUGACGCCCUGGUCAAGGCCAUCAUCAGACCCAGGGAGCUGCUGGACUCCCAGAGCUCUUACCGCCUGGAUAAAAUCAACAGUGACAUGCGUAACUACAUCACCAAUUUUGCUGCAGACUUGAGUCAGAGCUACCACUUGCAAGCCACCAGGGACAUGCACCCAAGCAUUGCCCUGGAUCCCUCUGCCAACUACAACUCUCCCAAGUUUCGCUCCAGGAACCAGAGCUACAUGCGGGCAGUCAGCACCCUCAGUCAGGCUAGCUGUGUUAGCCAAGUGAGCCAGGUGAGUGAAACAGAAAUAAACGGCCAGUUUGAAUCGGUGUGCGAGUCGGUGUUCAGUGAGGUCGAAUCCCAGGCCAUGGAGGCUUUGGACCUGCCCGGCUGCUUCAGAACCCGGAGUCACAGCUACCUGCGAGCCAUCCAGGCCGGCUACUCCCAAGACGAUGACUGUAUCCCCCCCAUGGCCUCUGUCACCUCCACCAUCAGGUCGACCACAGGGAUCCAGUUCUGCCUCCCCUCCACCUGCAGCAUUGAUCGGACUCCCCAACAAACCCCAGCCAUCACCUACACACCCAACUACAAGAAGGCCCCUCCUCCAGUCCCGCCCCGUACCACUUCCAAACCCCUCAUCUCUAUCACGGCCCAGAGCAGCACCGAGUCCACCCAGGACGCCUACCAUGAGGGGAGGCACCCUCAUGGCGGGAUGUGGGCCCCCGACGGCCUCAGCCUGGGCCUGAACCCAGGGAGGGCCCUUUAUAACUCCACCGACAGCCUGGACAGCGCCAAGGCUGUGACCAUAGCCAUGGAGGCCGCCGGAGUCAUGGCUGGAAAAAGACACCCGUCCACAGACAGCCACAGCUCGGUGCUCACCUGCGACAAGGCCAUCCUGGUGUCGAAAGCCGAGGAGUACUUGAAGACCCCUCGAUCCUCUAUAGGGAUACAGGUGGAAGCAGCCACAGACUCUGAGUCUGAAAGCAAAGGUUUGCGGGAGUACCACUCUGUUGGGAUCCAGGUGGAGGACAACAAGAAAGGACAAGGCAGGUUCAAACGCUCCAACAGCGUGACUGCAGGUGUGCAGGCUGACAUGGAGCUGGAGGGCUUCCCUACCAUGGAGGACAAGGGCCUGCAGUUCGGCGGGGGCUUCCAGCGUCACUCAGAGCCCACCACACCCACCCAGUACGGGGCGGUGCGAACCGUGCGCACCCAGGGGCUCUUCAGCUACCGCGAGGAUUACCGUACCACCGCUGAACCCCCCAGCCCGAGGGAGACCACCAGCGAGACCAACUGGCAGCUGGAACCCCCCUCCCCGCGGGAGAACGUGGCCUCGUCGGGCGAGUCUGGCAGGGCAUCCCCCUCCCUGAGGAGGGAUGGGAGCUGGUUCAUGCAACUGCUCCACACAGAGACCAAGAGGAUUGAGGGCUGGUGUAAAGAGAUGGAGGCAGAAGCUGAAGAGAAUGACAUGUCAGAGGACACCCUAGGUAAAAUCCGAAGUGCAGUGGGAAGCGCUCAGCUGCUUAUGUCCCAGAAAUUCCAGCAAUUCUACUGGCUGUGUCAGCAAAACCUGGACCCCAGUGCCAUGCCGCGGCCCACCUCUCAGGACCUGGCUGGGUUCUGGGACCUACUGCAGCUCUCCAUCGAUGAUGUCACCAUGAAGUUUGACCAGCUGCAGCAGAUCAAGAACAACAACUGGAGGCCCGUAGACAGCCCGGAGAAGAAGGUGAGGGAUCGCCUCGGCACUCCACCAGCUCCUGUACCAAAGAAGACAAUUCGACAGAGGAGUAUGGUGACGAGGGAGAAAUCCCUGGACCUCCCAGACAGGGGGCGGCAGGAGGCCCGUCGGAGGCUCAUGGCAGCCAAGCGGGCAGCCUCCUUCCGGCAGAACUCAGUCUCGGAGCGGGCAGACAGCAUCGAGAUCUAUAUUCCCGAGGCUCAGACUAGACUUUGAGAAGAUAGGGUCCAGGGUCGACGC